UGAGCAGCAAUAUGGAUUCGUCACUUCAAAGCUUAUGCCUCUUCUUCCUUACCCUCUACACAGCAGACAGCUUCCUGCUCUAUACGGCAACUCGCUGUGUGUUCAACUCAAGCGAACUGAAAGACAUGGAGUACAUAUUUUCCCUGUAUUACAACAAACUGGAACUGGCCAGUUUCAGCAGCACUUCCGGGAAGUUUGUUGGAUACACCGAGUAUGGUAUCAAGACCGCCGCCUUUUGGAACGCAAACCCAGAGAUGAUUAAACAUUUCAGACGUUUCAAGGAGCUGUACUGUAAAGUCAACGCUGAUAUCGACUAUCAGAACGCGCUCACAAAGUCAGUCAAGCCUUCCGUCAGACUUCACUCGCAGUCGCCUCCCGGUGGCCCGCAUAGCGCCAUGUUAGUGUGCAGCGUCUACGACUUCUACCCGAAGCACAUCCGGGUCACCUGGCAAAGAGACGGACAGGAAGUCACUUCAAACGUCACCUCCACUGACGAGUUGGCAGACGGAGAUUGGUACUACCAGAUCCACUCGCAACUGGUCUACACACCAAGGCCUGGAGAUAAAAUCUCCUGCGUGGUGGAACACACCAGUCUCCAGGAACCUCUAUGCACCAAAUGGGAUCCGUCACUCUCCAAGUCAGAAACCAACCAGUUGGUCAUUGGGGCAUCAGGACUGGUUCUGGGGCUCGUCUGGCUCCUGGGAAGCCUCUUCUAUUACCGAAGGAAGGGUUCAGGACGCAUUCUUGUUCCCACCAAUUAAAACCUGGUGCUGAAUUGGCCUCCUUCUCCAGUCGUCGUUAAUUGGCUUAAUUGGACAAUGACACAUUCAAAUGGCGGUCAAGUUGUGGUUCAAAACUUGGGAGACAAACAUUUUUGCAGCAAAUACCUAAAAGCACAAGAGUGCUCCUGUUGUAUAAAGGAACUUGGACCACUGUAAACACAUUGGCUGAUUCUUGCAUUGACAUUUAAUCCUUGCUAACAUAGAACACUAGAGUCCAAACUUAUGGCUUUCAUAACGGAGGCGUUCAAGGCACCCGGUAAGUUCUCUCCCUUUUUUUGUAAAGUGAUUUAUGUAUCUCAGGUGUUGCUGUAGCUCCUUAUCUUUUUGAAUAUCCUUGACCUAAAAAACACCUGAUUAUUUUAAACGGUUUAUGAACUUUGCUCUUAAUAAACUUGCAG